UCCAGUGGUUUUAGAUCACAAGACACCAUGAGCACAAAUCGGCGAAAGCGCCGUGGAGGAGCCGUUAAUUCCAGACAAGCUUCGAAACGAAGCAGGCUGCUGGCUUCUAGUGCAGGUGAAGCUUCAGCAGCAGAGCCAAUAGACCUCGAAGAAAGUCGCGUGCUUUCUUUUGAUCUUGCUGUUGACGAAAUCAUAGAUCUCACAGACGAAUCUGCUGAGCCUGAAGUCAUUGAUCUAACUGGUGAUGAUUCUGUUGUGCAGUGGGAGCAGAACCAGGAGCACCCAGUUGUUUCCAGUGCAGCAGAUAAUUCAGUUGUGCUACUGACAAGUGAUGAUGAAGAGGAACCAAGAGAUAAUGAUGGUUCUCCUCUCUCUAGCACACGGCCAGCAGUUACUGUUACCUCUCCAAUUUGGAUAGAGGAGAACUCACAGAAUCGGCGAAAGCGCCGUGGAGGAGCCGUUAAUUCCAGACAAGCUUCGAAACGAAGCAGGCUGCUGGCUUCUAGUGCAGGUGAAGCUUCAGCAGCAGAGCCAAUAGACCUCGAAGAAAGUCGCGUGCUUUCUUUUGAUCUUGCUGUUGACGAAAUCAUAGAUCUCACAGACGAAUCUGCUGAGCCUGAAGUCAUUGAUCUAACUGGUGAUGAUUCUGUUGUGCAGUGGGAGCAGAACCAGCAGCACCCAGUUGUUUCCAGUGCAGCAGAUAAUUCAGUUGUGCUACUGACAAGUGAUGAUGAAGAGGAACCAAGAGAUAAUGAUGGUUCUCCUCUCUCUAGCACACGGCCAGCAGUUACUGUUACCUCUCCAAUUUGGAUAGAGGAGAACUCACAGCAGUGGGAGCAGAACCAGCAGCACCCAGCUGGAAACCCAGUUGUUUCCAGUGCAGCAGAUAAUUCAGUUGUGCUACUGACAAGUGAUGAUGAAGAGGAACCAAGAGAUAAUGAUGGCACACGGCCAGCAGCUCCUGUUACCUCUCCAACUUGGAUAGAUGACUACUCAGAGUGGGAGCAGAACCAGGAGCACCCACUUGUUUCCAGUGCAGCAGACAAUUCAGUUGUGCCACUGGUGAAUGAUGAUGAAGAGGAACCAAGAGAUAAUGAUGGACCCAGUGCUACCCUUACAAAUGUGCUGUACCAGGAUUGCUUCCUAGGGCAGUGGGAGCAGAACCAGCAGCACCCAGCUGGAAACCCAGUUGUUUCCAGUGCAGCAGAUAAUUCAGUUGUGCUACUGACAAGUGAUGAUGAAGAGGAACCAAGAGAUAAUGAUGGCACACGGCCAGCAGCUCCUGUUACCUCUCCAACUUGGAUAGAUGACUACUCAGAGCUUCUUGAAGGGUAUGAACAACAAAGGAGAAAUCUUACACCAAGAAGCCAGCAACUGUUGGACAGCCCUGUACUGCGCAGUUAUGAUGAAUAUGAAACAGCAGAUGAUGUGACUGACGUAGAGUCUGAAGUGACUGACGUAGAGUCUGAAGUGACUGACGUAGAAUCUGAAGUGACUGACGUAGAGUCUGAAGUGACUGACGUAGAGUCUGAAGUGACUGACGUAGAAUCUGAAGUGACUGACGUAGAAUCUGAAGUGACUGACGUAGAGUCUGAAGUGACUGACGUAGAGUCUGAAGUGAUUGACAUAGAGUAUGGAGCGGCUGACAUGGAGUAUGGAGCAGCUGACAUACAGUAUGAAGCAGCUUAUGUAGAGCCUGAAGUACGGAGAUCACUGGACGAGGAACUGGCAAUUUCAGAGGAAUGGCAACGAGCUGUAAGGUGCCCGAUCUGCAUGGAUUUUUUUUCACAGAUUAUACGAAGUGUCCGACAGGUUGUGUCAACCCAGUGUGGCCAUCUCUUCUGCAGUCGGUGCAUCGCUGUUGCCCUUGAGAAUUCCAGGGCUUGCCCAACCUGCAGAACAGAACUCCCUCCCAGAGACUAUCAUCCCGUUUAUUUCUGAGUACUUCUGUUUCUCAGGACAGAAGUAUCCCCCCCAAUCAGAUGGAUUUUUGGGGGUAGGUGGUGGAAAGACUUUUUUCUUCAUGUACAUAGUUCUUGUUGUAUACAGUUCCAUUUUUCCUGAGUUUAAUUAUAAAUAAACUAUUAAUUUAUUUAAA